AUGUCGGAUUUAUGCAGUGAAUGUAAAUUAGUUAUAACAGCUUUGGAUUCGGUUUCCUGCGACAGUUGCUCCCGAUUGUUCCACAAGAAGGUAUGCUCAGGACUCAAUGCUUCAGAAAUUAAAGUAAUGGAACUGAAGGGUGCUCGUCAGUUGAAUUUUUUUUGCCCAGAGUGCCUAAGUGGGCUGAAAAUGGUACCAACGCUAAUAAAGGCUGUGGAGGAACUACGACAAGAGAUUGAUGAUCUUAAAAAGACCCCAGUGAUGCAAACUCCACCCAACAUACCUGUCCCCUCCAACACUCCAGUAUUAAACUACAAUGAGGCAGAUAUUUUUGUGGAGCUACAGGAGCGCCAAAAUCGUGCCAACAAUUUGAUGAUAUUUAAUGUUCCCGAAGGAAAUGAUUCUGAACCGGAUUCCGAUCAAGUCAAAAAAAUUAUUUCUAUUUUGUCAGAUACAAACUCUCCUCAACCUCGUGUACUUCAAACCUUGAGAAUGGAAUUAUAUAGUGGAAUUGGUGGUAUGCAUAUGGCCCUUCAAGAAAGUGGAGUACCAGGAACAGUGAAAGCUGCAAUCGAAAUAAACCCAACUGCAAACUCAAUUUACAAACACAAUUUCCCCGAAACCAAAUUGUUGAAUUUAAAUAUUCAAGGGCUCACAGCUGAUCUGGUGAACAAAUUAAACGUGGACACUAUUCUUAUGUCUCCGCCUUGUCAGCCCUUUACUCGUAAUGGUAAACAGCAGGACUUGAAAGAUGCUAGGACCGAUUCUUUCCAGCACAUUUUAACUUUGCUGCCACAUUUGAGCCUUAAACAGAUAUUAAUUGAAAAUGUUAAGGGCUUUGAAGGGUCGAAAAUGCGGGAUUUGCUCGUGCAAACUUUAAAGGACAACUCGUUUUGCUAUCAGGAAUUUGUAUUGAGCCCUUCACAGUUUGGUGUACCUAAUAGUAGAAGUAGGUAUUAUUGUAUAGCUAAAAAAGGUAAAUUUAAUUUUGACACUCAAAAACUCUUGGAAAGAUUGCCAGGAUUUGAAAGUGAUUUGGAAAGCUUUGAAAUUCAAGAUAUUAUUGAAGAUGAUGUGAAUUUUGCCGAUUAUUCCCUCAAUGAAAAAAUAUUAAGCAAAAGAUUAGGGGUUUUGGAUAUUUGUUAUAAAACCUCUAAAAGAUCUUGUUGUUUUACCAAAGCGUAUGGAAGAUUUAUUGAGGGUACAGGAAGUGUCUAUACUGAGAAUAAUGAAGAGGAAGUUCUGGAAAAUAUUAAGAAAUUACACCAAAUGCAAUCGGACAGUGAAAAAUAUUUGGAACUCGCUGAAUCCUUAAAUCUACGGUUUUUUACUGCCAAAGAAAUAUCACGACUAAUGUGUUUUCCUGAAACGUUUGCUUUUCCAGAUAAUUUAACUAACAGGCAAAAAUACAUGGUUUUAGGCAACAGUAUUAAUGUUAAAGUUGUUUCAGAGCUAAUAAAAUUAUUCAAUUAA